UGCGGGUGGGUGAAUAAGGGAAGUGAGGGAGGGACAGACCGUAUCCUUCUGGCUCCCGUUACGAUGCUUCAAUCACAGAAAGCACCGUCCUGCUGUUCGACUGUGCGUCCCGUCCAAACUGGAACCAACUGAUAGUCGUUUCUGUGCUGCUGUCAAUGGCGAUGCCUUCACUGCAGCUAUGCCUGUCCCCUGGAGAAUUUUGACCUGAUUUUUUUCAUCUCGUGACAGGACCUGCGCCUUUUUAUCUCACCUGAUUGUUAUGAUCUGUGGAAACCUGAUACUACGGUCGGUCAUGCCAAAGAGUACUGAUUAAUACAAAAGCAGCUCUUGGUGGGUUUACUCCAGGUUCUGUGAGGUCCAGCAGAUGACUACUUUUUUAAGUGUAAGAAUGAGAAACUGAGUUGUGACAAGAAAGCGGAAAGAAAGUGAGACUGAAGGAGCUGAAAGUGACAGACAAGUAGAGCCAUCCUUUGACUAGGUUGGCAACACAGAAGGUAGCACUGCCCUGAGGAUGACCAGCCUGUUCAGGCGCAGCAGCAACAGCAAUGGAGGCUCCAGAAACAGUGGAAGCGGGGGCGGAAGUGGCAGUGGACAGGGGCAGCUCAACAACAGUAGACCUAACCGGCAAGUCCGGCGCCUGGAGUUCAAUCAGGCCAUGGAGGACUUCAAAACUAUGUUUCCUUCGAUGGACUACGAGGUAAUUGAGUGUGUGCUGCGCUCCAACAAUGGAGCUGUGGAUGCAACCAUCGACCAGCUCCUCCAGAUGAGCAUUGAUGGACAGGGCUCGGAUGACAGCUCAGAUUCAGAUGACAGCAUCCCGCCAGAGAUUUUAGAGCGAACUCUAGAACCUGACAGUUCUGACGAGGAGCCACCUCCAGUCUACUCUCCACCAACAUAUGACAUGCACAUUUAUGACAGAAAAUACCCAGAAGCCCCACCAACACCACCACCCAGAUUUGAAGUUCAGCCACCUCCAGGUCACCAGCAGGUCAGAAGCUACAGGAAUUGGAAUCCCCCAAUGCUUGGAAACCUCCCUGAUGAUUUUCUGCGCAUUCUGCCUCAGCAGUUAAGUAGUACAACGAGCUCACAGAGCAGUCUCUCCCAGCCUUCUUCAUCCUCCUCCUCGGUUUCUUCCAUAAGUCAGUGGACAGGCCAUUCUGGUUCACGGUCUGGUGCUGCAGGCGCUUCAGGAGGAAGCGCUGCAACAAGCGGGGGCACGGAGCAAGACAAAAAACUGAAGCAGUACCUGGAGGAUGAGCGCAUUGCCCUUUUCCUUCAGAAUGAAGAGUUUAUGAAGGAGCUGCAGCGGAACCGCGAGUUCCUCAUCGCCUUAGAGAGAGAUCGCUUGAAGUAUGAAUCAAAGAAAUCAAAGUCCAGUCAUUCAUCUAGCAUGGAGAAUUCCACAGGAGAACAGUAUCCUGCUUCAGUGGAGGCCAUCUCAGAUGACGCCCUGUUUAGAGACAAACUCAAACACAUGGGCAAAUCAACAAGAAAAAAGCUGUUUGAAAUCGCCAGGACAUUCUCAGAAAAAACCAAGAGGAGAAAGUCAAAAAAGAGGAUGCUGCUGAAGCACCAUUCACUGGGUACAGCCAACUCCACAGCCAAUCUCCUUGAUGAUGUGGAGGCAAACCCCUGUGAGGAACAUGGUCAGCCGAGGAAAGCAAACACUCAGGAAGAGAAUGAACCACACAGUGAGCCAAUAUCAUGAUCCUCUCAUGCUGUGCCUAUCAGGGUUACGUUGGACAAGGCAGCGUGAGCCUCACGAUGAGCCGACUUUUAAACUCUCCUUAAACCUGCUGACCCUCCAGACGUUUGUAGUCCAGCCAACCGAUGGCUCAAAAAGCAGCCAGUUUUCUUUUUCCCAGGGCGAGGAAAUGGACCCUUCCCAGCAGCGGGUUAACUCUGUCUUUUCUGUAUGAUAACACUUUGUUUAUAUAUAAUUUUAAAUGUAAAGAUAAAAAAACAUCAGUAACCACAAGUAUUUGUUUUAAAUAGAAAGGAACACUAGCAUAUAUCAAUGAUCAAUCUCUGAGUGUUUUUUUUUUUUUUUUCUCAAUAUGCAGCGAUGUACAGUAGCAGGCUGUGUGUUUUUGAGCGGCCUCCGCCCCCCAGGUUGGGCCUUUCAUACACAUGUGCACAUUCCUCUUUGUACCUACGUAGACCUCUAUGUUGUUGUUCUGUUUUUUAAUUGUACAUCUUUAAUCAGUUUUGGUUUUUUUAAUCUGAAUAUUGAGACCAUUUUUGUUGUAUCUACUCAUUUAUGGUCAUGAUGUCACACGUGGAGAACUAUCGCUCCACAGAUCAUCAGUGCAGAUGAAUAGUUCUUUUCCACAUUGAACUAAAACUGAUUGGAGUUCUUUCAUUGUGGCACCAGCUCAGCUGAGCUCUGACGUCAUCAUCAUUAAAUCAGUGUUUGUCGCACUCUGACAGCCUACAGCAGGGGUCUGGAUCAAUACCCCGGUGUUUGCGUUGGACGAUGGCCGUCAAGCGUCUGCCACUGUAGUGUGACGUCAUUAUCGUGUGUACACGGUUAAAGUCUGUCUGGAUGUGAUUACCUCCAGUCAGUUUGGAGUUUGGUCAUAGGUGCUUGAGCAGAGUCAGCCUGAGGUGACACACACACAAAGAAAAAGAAGAGUGAAUAAGAAACAGUCUCAGGUUACAUCCACACCACAUGUCUUUUCAUCAUCAGCCAAAACGCCGCACUAACAACAAACUAAAAGGAUGUCAUCAUCUUUUUAAACCUUUCAAAUCUAGUUUCCAAAACUGUGAGGCAGCUCAACAUCAACUCCCAGCGUCAGCGCAUUUGAAACGUCAACACAGUUUGGUUAAAGUGACUCUUGAAUUGUGUUCUGUUCGGUGCUUCAUACAAUGCCAGGAAUUCAUCACACUUAAAUGUUUCAGGACCGUUUAAGAUGCUGUGCUGAGACGGUCUCUGCACUACUGACCUCUGCUGGUUGGUCUUAGUGGCUGCAACCAAUACGCCAUGAUGAGUUUGAGUCCUUGUAAAUGGGGGUAAAUACGUUAAAGGAGUUUGAUGAAGUGAACACAAAGAGGUUAAAUUCCAAACACCGCACUGUUCACUCAGCCUUCAGCUGCAUGGUUUCCUCUUUCCUGUCCACAAAUCUUUGACUGUCCUGUUUUACAGUAAGAGAAACCCCGAGAUUUUUUUUCUCUUUCCUUAGUGCUGGAAUCUUAGCUUUAAGCUGACAACAAAUGUUAAUUACCUAAUUUUUAAGAAAAUACACAUGUGACACACUCAAUUCCGACUCUUAUUGAGAAUGUUGCUGCAAACUGACCUUUAAACUUCAAUGUACAGUCAAUCUGCAUUUAACCCAUCCUGGGGAUUGAGGGGGUUUUGGUGCUUGUUCGACCCCCCCACAGCCAGUCGUAGGGGAUUCUAGUUGUUCUGCGAUCUUUUGAUGACAAGCCCAGUCUUUGUACCAUAAAGGUCAUGGGCUAGUUUAAAAGUUUUAAUGCAUAAAACUUUGCAUAUCACCCGUCCAUACACACACACGCAGGAGCAGUGGAGCUUUGGUCGUGCCACGGUUUGGAUUUGAACUAAGACCAAUGAUUUUAACCACUAGGAUUAUGACAAAAAGAAGUAGCAAAACUCACAUUUGUAAAUGGAAAUUAAAGUUUGUGUAGCUGAAUGUUUACAAAGGUUUUAGUCAAAAAUGUCAAACUUACAGUUCUGGGUCUUCGCCAAUGAGCCUUCCCCAACUCUAUACACGGAUUCAGUGGCAGCUCUGCAUCUUUUGUGUUGCCUUACUGCCAUCUACAGUCUGUUUUCACCAGUCCAGCCGGAAACAUCCUGUCAAAAUACAAAAAAAUAGAUAACAACGGUCCUUAAACCAAGCCAUACAGUUCUAGUGACCUAAUAAUGACUAGGGAUUACUAACUUACUUUUGUACGUUUGAACAAAAAAAAAAUCACAUCUGAUCUUUCAACUCAGUAAAGAGAACUUCUCUGGUUUCCUACUGGUUGAGUAUGUUUAGUAACUCAUUCAUCUGCAUGUCACCAAACUAAGAUUAUAUCAUUUAGAAAAUCAUAGGAUUAUUGAGGAUGGAGUUACAGGGAGCUAAUGGUUCCUACAAGAUAAAACAGGAAGGAAAGAAGAACAAAAACAAACCCAGAGUUUCCUUCUGACUUGAUGAUUUCCUUCAGUUGAACCUUUAAAAAUCGUUCACAUCCUGAGCUGUUAUUGAGACUGCGUUGCUAUGGUGAUGAUGUGACAUGAAGCUGGAGAUGAGGCUAAAUGACGUAUAGGAAAAAAAACAAACAAAAAAAAGCUUUUAGUCCUCUACAUUUCACUGUGCUUUUGAUCGAUAUUUGUGGAUGUGACUGUAGCAUGGAUUAGAGACGUAGGAUUAGAGACGUAGAACCAGUGACGUAGCCUGUGUGAAUAGAAGGUUGUUGGGACGGAGGGUCAAAUGAUGAGCCGAUAAAACUUCAUCUGUGCAAUUUUAUGUCUGUGAUCAUCAGAUCAAUCACAGAAAAGUCCAGGUCAAAUCAGAGAAUUCUCUUUAUUUUCAAAUAAAUUCAAAUCAAUCACUUAAAUCGAUAAAUAAAAACUUGAACUCUUGACUUUAAAAUCGGUAAAUGAAUGUAGUUAUCAGUUUAGUGUUCUGUAGCAUUGGUGUCGUUAUGAUUGAAUUUUAAAAAGUAACUCAGUAACGCAUUCUUUUUUUCUUUAAAAAAAA